GCAUUGUAUGAUAAAACACGAUCUCUGAAAUUCCACAACCCCUCGGUAACAACCCUCCCUCAACAACGUGCCUACGCCCCUCCAGAGCCGCCGCAUACUUGUACAGUAACUCUUCACGCCGCAAGAAACACCGUCCGGGACAAUACUGUAAUCCAAGCGAGAUCCGCCUUAAUUGCGGGUCAUUCCCACAUCCCCCACCCAAUUCCCACCUCGCCCUCACCUCCACCCUACCGCAAUAACACCACUCGCUUUCUCUUCAGUUCACCAACAACGCGAGCUGCAAUACCAUCAUGGCAUCUCCAUCCGAAGCAUCACCACCAGCAAUAGCUGCCGCCACCGAUCCCCUUCCCGAAGUACUGCCAAUAAGACGAACACGGACAGCCUCCAUUACGCAAUCAAUACUGGACGCGAAUCCCCAUUACGGUGUAUUAGCUGCAGCCGGUGAAGCUCUUGCCCGUGCUCCAUCUCUGAAAGACUUGCGGCGAAGUUCUGUUGGUAGUGGAAAUAGCCGGGGUCGGAGGGGAAGUGCUAUUUCUAGUGCGGCGACUCCACGGGCCGAAACAGGAUUGAGAGCUGCCGCGAUUGACGAGGAGGAAGCUGGCAGAAGGAGUCGGGAAAUUCCCCCAGUCAGGGGCAUGAUAGACGGCAUCGAAUCAAAGAAACAAGAUGGUCGGCGCGCGGAGAUGACGGCGCAGGAUGGUGGUGAGCAGGAGGAUGAGGAUGCCGAACAUGGUUGGUGGCAAACUACGUUAAACGGGUUGAAGGCCUUCUGGAAGUUUUUUACAAAACCAAUGGGCUUCUUUAUCACAAUUUACAUGCUUAACGUUGUUGCCUGGGGUGGGAUGCUAUUCUUACUCCUCUGUAACGCGGCGCCGGCAAUGUGCGUACCCGACUGCAACGAUAUCGAUUCCCCCCGACGCAUAUGGAUUGAAAUCGAUUCACAGAUUCUCAAUGCGCUCUUCUGCGUAACGGGUUUCGGCCUCGUACCUUGGCGGUUCAGAGAUCUAUAUUUUCUUCUCAGGUGGCGCCUCUUUUCUGAUAAGCGAGCCCUGCACAAAUUGGAGGUCAUCCACGGCGGCUGGUUUCGGGGCCCUAGUGGCGUGAAUACUGCUCAUACCACUACCGGUCAGGUCGCACCUCUGACCAAGAGUUGGAAGAUGGAUUACGUUGUUUGGCUUUACGCUUGGAACACAUUCUUUCAAUGUGCGCUAAGCGGCUUCAUGUGGGGAAUGAAUAGAUACAAUAGACCAAGUUGGAGUACUGGCUUAUUUGUUGCAUUGGCAUUCAUUGUUGCUGGGAUGGCUGGGGGUCAGGUAUGGUGGGAGACGAAACAGGUAAAAGCGGUUGAGGGGGAGAGGACUGUGGAAAAAGUGGAAAUUGAGGGUGGUAGAAAGGAGAAGGUCAAAGAUAAGGGUAGGAAGUUCUGGGCAAGAGAAGAGAGAAAUGUCGUUGUGGUGAAUAGGUUGACUGGUUAGACGUCUUCCCACAACUCCCUUUCGAGUACACAUAUACCAGAACGACUUUUGGUUUUACGUUAGUCACACUCCUUGCUAAUAUUUCUUUUCGUAUAAGUUAUCUAGUACUGCGGAUUGUGGAUAAUGUAAAUACUUGGGAGUUGUAACGGUAGCUUAAGAAUUCUUGGUACAUAAACGCCAGGGUCGUGGACUCUGAACACAAUGCUAUAUACCAUGGGUUAUCCUUUAUAUCGCUCUCUUCACUCUAUCCUGUCGGGUGCAAGAAAUCUCAAAUAAAGACUUGGCAAGGAGCCCCUUGACGUCA